AUGACUGAAUCAGAGGCUGCCACUGCUGCAAGUCCACCGCGCUUUUCGGGUCACAGCAAGGCCGCUGUUGACAUAUAUUCCAGCCAAUCGUGCUGUAAUUCCGGUCUAGCUGAUUGUCAGACUGAUGGAUCACGGGAGCUCGUCAUUCAUGAGCUCAAAUCCAAGCGCAAACCUUCAGCUGCUGCGCUGAGACGGCGCAUGGCAAAUCAGAUUCCGGAGGAGAUUACAAAGAACGCAGAGCUGACAAAGGCCAUUGAGCAGCUGCCGUGGAAUUACAACUUUGAGAUUCGCAAGACUGUGUGGCGGAUUCGCCAGGCUGGCAGCAAGCGCGUGGCGCUGCAGUUUCCUGAAGGCCUGCUGCUUUACGCUUGCGUCAUCUCUGACAUCAUCGAGCGAUUCACAGGUGCCGACAGUAUUAUUCUUGGUGAUGUGACGUACGGCGCCUGUUGCGUGGACGAUCUUAGCGCGCUUGCACUAGGAGCAGACUUUAUGGUACAUUACGGCCACAGUUGUCUCGUUCCGAUUGAUGUCACGUCGAUCAAGAUGCUUUAUGUGUUUGUGGAUAUUGCCAUCGACGUCGAUCAUCUCAUGGACUGCAUGAAGUUGACUUUUGCGCCCGACACCAAGCUUGCUCUGAUGGGCACAAUACAGUUCAGCAGCUCCAUCCAUGUCAUUUCUUCACGGCUCAAAGAUUAUUUUGCAAGUAUGGUCGUGCCUCAGGUCAAGCCAUUGUCUCCUGGCGAGGUUUUGGGCUGCACAUCUCCUAUCAUUGAGGGAGUUGACGCCCUCGUAUUCAUUGCUGACGGCCGCUUUCAUCUCGAGUCGGCGAUGAUCAUGAAUCCAAACCUAAAAGCGUACCGCUAUGAUCCUUACCCAAAGCUCCUUACGCUCGAGAAGUACGAUCUGUCACAAAUGAUGGAAAUCCGUCGUACUGCUAUCGAGCAGGCCAUGGGGGCCAAGACGUUUGGAGUCGUGCUUGGAACGCUAGGGCAUCAGGGUAACCCGGUGAUUCUCGAUCACGUGAAGCAGCUGCUUGAGCAAAGCGGUAAGAAAUAUUUCGUGCUUCUGCUAUCCGAGCUAUUUCCUGACAAGCUUGCUCGGUUCAAGGACGUUGACGCAUGGAUCCAGAUUGCAUGUCCGCGACUGUCGAUUGAUUGGGGCUACGCGUUUCCGAAGCCAUUGCUUACUGCGUAUGAAGCCGAAGUGUGCUUAGAGAAAACACACUGGAGAGAAGGGUCGUAUCCAAUGGACUUUUAUGCCAAAGGAAGUGGUCCAUGGACAAAUUAUUACGACGGCAAGAAACAAACUGCUGCAUAA